AUGAAGCCGCUUUCUCCCUUCCUGAACCGUACUCCUGUGAGUAUUCGUUCUGCAAUAGACCAAGCAAUGGGGGCAGUCAAGAACAUCGCGCCGAAAUUUGGAGGCUUCCUGCCACGGCAGAUGAGGAGAGCUCUGGUAGGAUGCAUCUCCUGUCUGGUCAUCGUCAUUUAUCUUUCAGUUGCUGGCACCUUCUCCGAGUCAAAAAGCGAUUAUACUCCCAGCAUCAUCCACAGGAUGGAAAAAUUUCCCCGGAAGAUUUGGCAGACCUGGAAGGUUGACCCUCUGGACUUCGACAAGAGAGACUUGGAUACUGCAAAGAGCUGGGUGUCCAAGAACCCCGAGUACAGAUAUGAGGUUUUGACGGAUCACAACGACAUGUACUAUGUUGAAACACAUUUUGGCCCUGACGGCUUCAACCGACCUGACAUCGUGGAUACCUACCGCCAGCUCACCGCGAAGAUUAUCAAGGCUGAUUUGCUCAGAUACCUCGUCAUGUAUGUCGAUGGUGGUGUCUAUACUGACAUCGACGUCGAAGCAAUCAGGCCAAUUAAGAGGUUCAUCCCGGAGCGGUACAACGAGAAAGACAUCAACAUGGUCAUCAGCGUCGAGAUCGACGAGCCAAGCUUCAGCGACCACGCGAUCCUGGGCCAGAAAUCCAAGUCCUUCUGUCAAUGGACGUUCAUGUGCAAGCCCAAGCUUCCCGUCAUGAUGAGACUUGUCGAUAACAUUCUCAAGUGGCUCAAUGGCGUUGCAAAGAAGCAGGGCAAGCCGAUCUCAGAGAUUGUUCUCGACUUUGACGAAGUUAUCAGUGGUACUGGACCCUCAGCCUUCACCAACGCUAUCCUGCAAGAGAUGAGCGAGGCUGUUGGUGAGCCAGUCAAAUGGGAUAUGUUCCACGAUAUGCAUGAAUCUAAGCUCGUCGGAGGUUUCCUCGUUCUCACUGUCGAAGCAUUCGCCGCUGGACAAGGCCACUCCGACUCCGGGAACCACAAUGCUCGAGCUGCGCUAGUCAAGCACCAUUACCACGCAUCCGAAUGGCCAAAGAACCAUCCCCGAUAUAACCAUCCUGUAUAUGGUGAAGUUGAGAAGUGCAACUGGGAUCGGGGCUGUGUUGAGGAAUGGGAUAAGAACACUGCUGCUUUCAAGGAACUCUCACCCGAAGAGCAAGCAAAAAAGAUUGCCCUUGCGAAGCUCGAAGUUGACACUCCACCACCCAAGGUACCUGAAGUCCCAACAUGGAAUCAACCCGGCCUUCCCACUGAACAACAGCCUAACGGACAGCCCCAGACUCCUCAGCAGGCGCCAGUCGAAGGCCAGCCCGUUGUCCAGAACCCACCUCAGCAGCAACCACAACAACCACAGCAACCACAGCAACCAGGUCAGCAGCUCCAGCAGCCCCCGAUACAACAACUGCAACCUGGUCAGCAGGUACAGCAGAUACCACCCACGCAACAGCUGCAGCCCGGACAGCAAAUCCCACAAGCUCCACCACAGCAACAGCAGCCAGGACAGCAGCUACAGCAACCGCCGAUACAACAGCAACCCGGGCAACCCUUGCAGCAACCACCACCACAGCAGCAACAGCCUGGACAGCAGCUACAGCAGCCACCACCACAACAGCAACAACCUGGACAGGUACUGCAACAGCCACCACCACCGCAGCAGCAGCAACCUGGACAGGCACUGCAACAGCCACCACCGCCGACGCAGCAGCAGCAGCAGCCGCAACAACCCGGACAGCAGCUACAACAGCCACCACCACAACAGCAACAGCCAGGACAGCCAUUGCAGCAGCCACCACCACCACCACCACCACCACAGCAGCAGCAACAGCAACAACCCGGACAACAGUUGCAACAGCCACCACCACAUCAACAACAACCCGGCCAGGGGCCGCCUGAACAGCCCAAGGCUCCUGCAGGAAAGGAACAACCUAAGGCGCCCCGGCCUGAUGGGCCUGCAUCUCCAGAUGGACCAGAGAAGCUUGAAGAUAACGAACUUAAAGAAAUCGCCGAGCUUAACGAUGAGCUCAACAACCUGGAAGGUUCUGAAAAGAAGAAGCGCGAUCCUAAACCCAAGCUUCCCUGA